ACUUCAUAAUAACCUCAUUCCCACUUUUCUUCUCUAUAUAUAUAUAUAUAUAUACAACUCCUUCCUUCACCAUAUAGAAAAAGAAAUGGUGAAAUUCUCAAAGGAGCUAGAAGCUCAACUGAUACCAGAAUGGAAGGAGGCAUUCGUGAAUUACUGGCAGCUGAAGAAGCAGAUAAAGAGAAUCAAGCUCUCAAAAAUUCCAAAGCAAAACCAUAACCACGCCGAAGGUGGAGGUUCCAUUUUCAAUUCUCUUUGCUUUCAUGUCAAGAAAAUAUCCCUCAAACUCUCACCUGAAUCUGAUAAUGAUAACACAAAUAUCAUUAAGGUGAGGAAAAAAACCAUAAAAGGCAGCGGAGAAGAAAUAUACCAAACAGAGCUUGUACAAUUAUUUUCGGAAGAGGAUGAGGUACGUGUGUUUUUUGCGAUGCUUGAUGAUGAGCUAAACAAGGUGAACCAAUUUUACAUUAAACAAGAGAAUGAAUUCAUUGAGAGAAGAGAAGCCUUGAACAAACAGCUUCAGAUUUUGCAAGACCUAAAGCAAAUUAUUAAUGAUAGACGACGGAAAAAUUAUCCGCCACCGAAAGCAAAUAAUACAGAGACUUUCCCGCGUUCUCCAACACGGGAUUCUGAUUACUCAUUAGAAUGUUUAGGAGAUUCGGACGAAACAAAUUCAGAAAUUUCACAUACAGAAGAGGUAAUAGCAAGUUUAGAGAAAAAUGGUGUAAAUUUUGUGAAUUCAGCAAUGAGGACAAAAACAAAGAAAGGAAAACCUAGAAUGGCAAUGAGAAUUGAUGUACCAGGAACAAAUGCAACUCGAGCAAUUACAGCUAUUACUAGCAUGCUUUGGGAGGAUUUAGUGAACAAUCCAACAGGAGAUUUCAUUCACAAGAAAAAAAUUCAAUGUGCUGAAAAAAUGAUUAGAAGUGCUUUUGUGGAGCUCUAUAGAGGCCUUGGCUUGCUCAAAACUUAUAGCUCACUGAAUAUGGUAGCAUUUUCCAAGAUAUUGAAGAAAUUUGACAAGGUGUCUUGCCAAAAAGCUUCUUCAAGUUAUUUAAAAGAAGUGAAGAAAUCCCAUUUCGUUAGUUCUGAUAAGGUUCUUAGACAAAUGGACGAAGUGGAAUCCAUAUUCACAAAGCACUUCGCCAACAAUGACAGGAAAAAGGCAAUGAAGUUUUUAAGACCCCAACAACAUAAAGAUUCUCAUAUGGUCACUUUUCUUGUCGGGUUGUCUACAGGUUGUUUUGUUUCAUUGUUUUGUGUAUACGCAAUUUUGGCUCAUUUGUGCGCCAUAUUCUCUCCUAGCAAUGAGUCAGCUUAUAUGCAAAAUGUCUAUCCUGUUUUCAGUGUGUUUGCAUUGCUAAGCCUGCACUUAUUUAUGUAUGGAUGUAAUCUAUAUAUGUGGAAGAGAACAAGAAUCAAUUACAACUUCAUUUUUGAAUUCUCCCCAAGGACAUCACUUAAGCAUAGAGAUGCAUUUUUGAUAUGCACUACCUUAAUGACAACUGUGGUUGCAGCAAUGGUUAUGCACCUUCUUUUAAGGGCUGCAGGAUUUUCUCCUAGCCAAAUUGAUGCACUUCCUGGAAUAUUACUUCUGUCUUUUAUAGCUCUGCUCAUUUGUCCAUUCGACCUUUUUUAUCGCCCAACCCGCUACUGUUUCAUCCGUGUCAUUCGCAACAUAAUCUGCUCACCAUUUUAUAAGGUUCUGCUAGUAGACUUUUUUAUGGCUGAUCAACUAACUAGCCAGAUUCCAUUGCUAAGGCAUUUGGAAACUACUAGUUGUAACCUAUUGGCUAAAGUUUUUAAAACUCACCACCCUGAGACUUGUCACUCUGGAAGGCUAUAUAUGGAAAUAACUUAUAUCAUAUCCUUUAUGCCAUAUUAUUGGCGUGCUAUGCAAUGUGCGAGACGGUGGUUUGAUGACAGUGAUGUGAACCACUUAGCUAACAUGGGAAAGUAUGUUUCGGCGAUGGUAGCAGCGGGGGCGAGAGUAACAUACAGCAGACAAAGUGAUCACCUGUGGUUUGCAAUAGUCUUAAUCACUUCUGUAGUAGCAACAACUUAUCAACUGUAUUGGGAUUUUAUCAAGGAUUGGGGAUUUUUAAAUCCCAACUCCAGAAAUCCAUGGCUUAGAGAUGAUUUGGUGUUAAAGAAAAAAAGCAUAUACUAUAUGUCUAUUGCCUUAAACAUUGUUUUGAGGGUGACAUGGGUUGAGACUAUCAUGCAUUUCAAAGUCGGACAUGUUCAAUCGCGACUACUAGAAUUUUUGUUGGCUGCACUUGAAGUUAUUCGAAGAGGGCACUGGAAUUUCUACAGGUUGGAAAAUGAGCAUCUGAAUAAUGUCGGCCAUUACCGAGCAGUGAAGACAGUUCCGUUACCAUUUCGAGAGACAGAUUCUGACUAUUAAGAAUUCCAUUCCUAUAACAUGUGUUAUCAUCUAUUUCUGUUAUGUUAAACUAGUUUCAGCUAUUACAGGCUUGAUUCUAUUUGAUCUAUUGUAAAAUGUAAUCAACAAGGAAAGAAAUAAGUGUCAAUUGAACUAGUUGAAUGAGAACAAAUCAGAGAAUAUACCACAUUUUUUUCCUAAUA